GCGGUUGGAGCAGGCCUGUCAAGUCGAGGGACGGUGUCAUAGAAUCCAACUCUAGCAACAACUGUUCUGUUUCAUUUAAGGUAUGCUCGGCAUGAAGACCUGACCGGCGAGCGCGUGCUCAUAAGAGUCUUCUAUGCUGGAAUCCACAGUCAUCCCACAUCUCCAACUUGCUGGUUUGCCACUUGCACUCGCGCCCCACGUACCUAGUUGAUGGAUCGCAGAAGAUCUACAGGGUGUAGACUUGUAAUGGCUUCGGGGCCGAUAAGAUGUGGGGUGGGAGGCCGUUUCGCGCCGACGUUUCUUCAACGUUGCAAUCCCACCCCAACCGGGGUCUCGUGUUGAGCGAGAUCUCUCUAGUACGAUUCACUGUUGGAGACCUAAAUGUCAGGGAGAGAGUCAGAGGAAGGCCUCUCUAUGCUUCAACCGAGGCGACCCGGCCAAUGUCAGACAAAAUGGCUUGAUAUCCUGAUGGUCUGCGCCCGGCACCCGUCGACCGGCGAUGUCCUAUGCAGUAAACCCUCUUGAGUAGACCGUACGUGACAGCGUGAAGACGAG